UCGAGUUCCCUUUCACACACAACGUGCUACUUCACUAUUCGGAGUAGAACACAGUCAAGCUACACCUAAAAAUUGACAUCUCAGACAGUACAAUACCCAUUUCGCCUCAUCCUUAAUCCCUCGAUCCCAAAAUGUCAGACUCCACCGAAGAAAACCCCCUCUUCGCAAUCGAGUACGACUCAUCCGAUGAAUCUACCCCCGACACAACAGAAAAAGUCCCUCGAGAUUUCCAAUCCGAGGAGAAUUUUCAAGCUGUAAAACGUGAAUGGAAAGCUAGGAGCGAAUCUGGCGAGAUCCAUAAAACACUACCUCUUCUCCCUCUAAAUCCACGCAGUAAACCACAAACUGCUCAAUUCCUUUACGCGAUUGAAGAAUUGUAUUUUUAUAGAAGAUUUGAAGAAGCGAGGAAGUUAUCAGAGAGGAUCUUGGAACAAGACGAUUUAAUGGAGGAUUUUAGGGCGGUGGUGGAGAAAUAUGAGAGGAGGUGUGGGGAGAGGUUAAGGGCUGGGAGGGAGAAGGGGGAGGAAGAGAAGUGA